CGAACUUCCGUCAUGCAGCAUGGCCGUAGUCUCUUUCCGGUUUAUCAUAGAACUCUACAUACCGCACGAUGAAGGCAAAGGGCGAAUUGAAGGAAUUUGAGGUGAUAGGGCGUAAACUCCCUACUGAGAAGGAGAAAACUACACCUCUAUAUAAAAUGAGAAUAUUUGCCCCUGAUGCAAUAGUAGCCAAAUCAAGGUUUUGGUACUUCUUGCGUCAGUUGAAAAAAUUCAAGAAGUCUACUGGAGAAAUUGUGUCUCUUAAACAGAUUCCAGAGAAAACUCCGAUCAAGAUUAAGAACUUUGGAAUUUGGUUGAGGUACGAUUCCCGAUCCGGUACACAUAACAUGUACAGGGAAUAUAGGGAUCUCUCUGUAAGUGGAGCUGUAACACAGUGCUACAGAGACAUGGGUGCUCGUCAUCGCGCACGAGCUCACUCUAUACAGAUAAUUAAGGUGGAAGUUGUUAAGGCUGCAAAUUGUCGCAGACCCCAGGUCAAACAGUUCCACGAUUCUAAAAUCAAGUUUCCGUUGCCUAAGCGAAUCCAUCACAGAAAUCGUAUGCCACUGUUCAGUGUUCGAAAACCACGUACUUAUUUCCUUUAAGUACGAACGGUGUGUUUUGUAUUGUAACAUCAAAUCUACAAUUCUGCAGAAGAUAAAAGCACAUUCAACAUAA